AUGCUCGUCCAAUUGUCCCGCGCCACUCGCGCCGCUUCGGCUGUCUCUCGGCUGGCGAGGCCCAGCGCCGUCCAGAUGAGGGGAUUCAUCGCCCCCACGGUCUCGCGAAGAGCCGACUUCGUUCAGGAGCUCUACCUCAAGGAGCUCAAGGCCUACAAGCCCACCCCCGUCAAGGACUCUGACGCUCAGGGCCAGGUCCAGACCUUCUCCAUCCCCCAGGCUCCCAAGUCCCCCGAGGAGACCGACCUCGCCGCCAGCCUGAAAGAGUACGAGAGCAUGGCCGUCGAGGUUGAGGGCCAGGACGCCUCCGCCGUCGCCGCCAACGGCGAGCCCGUCAAGCACGACUGGCUCAUGAUCGAGGAGGACGAGGAGGAGCCUCACCACUAA